UUGUGGAAACAGCUGUUGGUUUGGUUUCUGUCAGCGAACACUCCGGUGGUUUGCGAGCAGCGUUUGGGAGGAAUAAAAAAACUAAACAAAGUUGAAAUUAGACUCGUGACUGACUGGGUUCGCUUUGAUUUGAGUCGCCGCUUCUGUUCCACCAGACACCGGGAAAUGCCAUCCGGUGAACGCCACUUUAUCCGCGGCAGUUUGUUAAUUCACGACGUAGCUUGUUAGCUACCGGCUGCUAACGCCAGCUAGUAAACGUUAGACUCCCAUAGCAAUUUAAGCGAGACAGGUGUUCCGGCACCGCAAGCAAACUGUCAGCUUGCCGUGCUUCCUGACAGCGCGAGGGCUUCUUUUUUUCGGUACCAUUUCAGCAUGACUCAUGUUCACUACAAAUUCUCCUCCAAACUCAGCUACGACACCGUGGUGUUUGACGGCCAGCACGUCACGCUGAGGGACCUGAAGAGGCAGAUCAUGGGCCGGGAGAAGCUGCGAGCCGGGGACUGCGACCUGCAGAUCACCAACGCACAGAACAAAGAAGAGUACACAGAAGAUGAAUGUUCGAUCCCCAAAGGCUCCUCAGUCAUCGUCAGGAGAAUCCCCGUCAUCGGAGCGAAGUCCAGCUCAAGCAAGACCCGCCACGUUGAGCGAUCAGAUGUCCAGACUCACCAAGCCUUUGGAGCCUACAAAGCAAUGGAUGACCAGAGUUCUUCCAGAGCCGUGCCUCUUUUCUCAAAGAUGGCUAACCUGGCUGAUGUGGAAGGGUCAGAGGAGGAUAAGAUCAAAGUUAUGAUAAAUCAGUCCACCUACGACAUGAAUUACAACAAGAAGUUUGGUACGGUGCUUCCUGCAAACUACACCUGUUACCGCUGUGGAAAUACUGGACACCACAUCAGGAACUGUCCCGUCAGCGCGGAUAAAAGCUUCGAAGCACCCAUGAGAAUAAAGAAGAGCACAGGCAUCCCUCGCUCCUUCAUGGUGGAGGUGGACGAUCCCAACACAAAGGGAGCCAUGCUGACCAACUGUGGACGCUACGCGAUUCCUUCCAUAGACAUCGCGGCGUACGCCAUCGGCAAGAAGGAGAGGCCUCCGUUCGUCCCACAGGAGCAGCCGAAGUCAGAAGAAGAGGAGGAUCCUGUCCCAGAGGAACUCCUCUGUUUGAUCUGUCUCGACCUGCUGAGUGACGCUGUGGUCAUACCCUGCUGUGGAAACAGCUACUGUGACGACUGUAUUCGCACUGCUUUACUGGAUUCAGAGGAACACGUCUGCCCCACUUGUAGCCAAUCAGAAGUCUCCCCUGACACCCUGAUAGCCAAUAAAUUUCUCCGACAGGCCGUGGACAAUUUUAAGAAAGAGCGAGGCUUCACUAAAAUUGUGAAAAAAGGGUGUGGUACCUCCCAGUCCCAAAAUCCAACCCCGACACCGAGCCCUGUCCCCACCCCGCCCCCUCUCAGUGUGCAGAGUCAACCUCAGAAGCCUUACCUGCCAAUCCACAGCCAGCAGGACCCUCUCCUGCCCCGCUCACAGGCUGCAGACACACUGCCACCGUCUCAGGUGUGUGGGGCUCCGCCCACAGCAACAGGCCCCGCCUCUUCUCCCUCCACACCGAGCGCUUCCCUCGAGCCUGCGGAAAGCCCCCUGGAGAAACCCGACAAAGAAGACGAAGAAAAGACAGACGAGGACUCAGCGGCUGCUACCGCCCCGUCUGUACCGGUUUCACCCAAAGACCCCGAAGACCCCACUGAUGCUCCAUCACAGCUGAUACCCCUGGUGAACUUUACUCCACCAGUAGAGCCCCAGACAGUCAGUGUGAAUCUAGAGCCGCCCUCCUCAGGUCCAGCCCCAAAGCCCUCGGGACCGUCAACGUGGGAAAGCUCCUCCUCCUCCUCCUCACUUUGUCCCACUGGAGGCUGGAAUGAAUCCAACACCCAGCAGCUUCGUCCCUCCAUCACUUCAUAUCCAGCUACUCCUCCUCCUCCUCUCUUUCCCUCUCCUCAUUUCCACACAUUCCUCGCUGCUCAGCAGCCUCUCAGCAGUUACCCCCCCGGAUACCCACCCCCUGCGCCCCUCUGGACACUCCCAAACCUCCAAGGGGCCCCCAUCCCUUCCCUGUGCCCCUCUACCGCCAUCCCUGCCCUCAUCCCCAAGGAGUGGUACCAGCAUCAGAGAAAUAAGAAGGAAAGGUCACCUCACAGAGGAUCUUCCCACAGACGCUCCUCCUCUCGUUCUGAUUCAAAGUCUUCUAAGUUCAAGUCUUCUCGCUCCUACUCUCGCUCUUCAAGCAGGUCCAGAUCUCGGUCCAGGUCCAGGUCCCACGGCAGAUCAAGGCCCCACUCACCUUACUCGCGCCACAGAGACCUCCACAGCCACUCUCAUUCCUCCCGCUCCUACAGCUUCGGUUACAAACGUUCCCCCACACCGUCCUCGUCGUCUUCCCCUCGAGUGGGUUACCGUUCCAGGCCCAAGUCGCCGUCAGAUCACCGCAAAAGCAGCCAUCACAGUCGGCACCACGGUAAGAAAUCAGCUUCGAGCAGCUCCAGGAAGCGAGUGGAACAUCACCAGAGGGAAGCGGCAGCCUCGGGGGGAAGUUUACCCGGACACCUGUAUGCUCAGCACGCCAAUCAGAGUGGCAGCCUGGAGCAGGACAGAGAGCGCUACCUGCAGUGGAGCAGGCAUUACAAAGAGUGGUGUGAUAAAUAUUUCAGCAGCUAUGUCGGCCACUUCCACCAGCUGCCUCUUCCCCUCCUCAAUAUUCCUCCUCCCCUCCUCAAUAUUCCUCCUCCUCCUCAGUGGGGGGACGGAGAAGGAAGCGAAAAUCUCUCCCGUUCUCACUCGGACUCUCGCAGCCGACUCACAGGUAGACGCAGCGCUCGGGUGGAGGGCCGCUCCCCUCCAUCGCGGUCAUCCAGUGACAGCCGCUCCCCUCCAUCUCAGUCUUCAAGAUACAGCCGCUCCACGCUGUCUCAGUCAUCCAGUGACAGUCGCUCUUCUCCAUCUCAUUCGUCCAACGAAAGCCGGUCCCCUCCUUCUCAGUCGUCCAGUGACAGACACUCAACGCCGUCCAAAGAUGGAGCUCAGACAAGGGUCCAUCAGCAGAAGGGCACUGAGAGGUACAACCGCCUGUCGGUCACACUCACAAAGAGCAGUAAAGAAGUGGAGCUGCAAGAAAGUCGUGAAGACGCGAAGCAGGUAAUCUCGAAGAAUUUGGAGAACCUCAGCCACGUAAAACAUGAGCAAAAGAAGAAGCAUGAGGAAGGAAGAGGAGAGGAGUCAUCAUCCCCUGAUGCUGCAGACUCAAUGGAUGACUGCAGGAAGGACAAGAGGAGGCGAAGCACUGGAACAAAAGCCUUCAAGGAUGCCGCUCCAGCACAGGACGAAGCAACUGCCAGCGAUGCCGUAGAAUCAGUCCAACCGGCCGCCAAACCAGAUAAACGUUUGGAUAAAGACUAUGAAAGAAAAAGCAGAGAACACAAGAAUUUGGAAAUGGAGAAAGGACGGAGAAGAAGCAAACAUUCAGACUCCAGGCAGGAUGCGGGGAGAAGGCACACAGAAAAGCCCAGUAAAGAUCCAGACAUGGUGGGUACAGACAGAUACCCUGGAGGCUACACAGCUUCUCACUCAAGAUCAGAGAAGAAUAGAAAAAGAAAAAGAGAGGACAUCAAGAGAAGUUCUCUUAAGGUUGAAAACAGCAAAUGCCUGAAAACUGACACUGCAGAGGACCCCAAAACCCGCAAGAGUGAAUCCCCGAAUCCAUUUGACAGAAAGAAGCCAAAAACAGAGAAGAAAAAGGAGAGGAAAACAUGGCAUCUGGCAGAGAGAGACAUCUGGGAGGGAGGGAUAAGAGUGAAACCACAGAAGAAGAUAAGCAUCAACAUCAACCUGGAUGGAAAAAGGAAGGAAGAGAAAACUGAAAAACUGGAAUUUUCUUAUUUGGAGAAAACAAAAGAAGAAAUUGAAGAGAAGGAGAAGUUCAACAAAGAGACAGACAUUAAAGCAAAUGAAAAGAAGGAAUCCAGCAGAGACAUGGAAGGUGUGUCUGAAGGAAAAAUAAAACCAGAUGAAGGAGAGGCAAGACAGAAAUGGGAGAAAGCUACCUUCAGAGAUGAUGAGGGAGAGAUGAUGGAGAAAAAAGACAUCGGAGAGAAGAAAGAGGACAGAGAAAAGGAGGACUUUGACUUGUGGCAUAAUGCCCUCAGAGAAGAGGAGGACAAGACGAAGGAGAGCAAACAGCAGGGGGAUGAAAGAGACGGGACAGAGGCCAACAACGGAGAAGAAGAGCUGACAAAUGAGAGCAGCGUGAGGGGAGGAGAGGAAGGACCAGCGAUGGGAGAAAGCACCUGCAAGGAAAACAUAGAAAACCCAGCGGGGGAGUCAAAGGAGGACCUGAUGGAGGGACUGAAGUGGAGAAUGUGGGAGGAAGAGGAAGACACAGUGAGGUCCACGUCCCAGAGGAGCAGAAACGAGAGCCAGCAAGACGGACCGAAUACCUCGGUGGACGACGGCAGCAGCUACGAGGAUCGUCAGGAGAAGACGACGCUGGUGAAAACUCUGCAGGAAUUCACCGAGGACAGAGCUGCAGACCAAGAGGAGGAGCUCGUGCUCCUACAGGUCCAGGUCUGUGGGCCCAGAUCAUUUAAAAUCAUUUACAUGUUCUGUGGAUAGUUUUAUAAUGUUUAAGUUGCAUAUU